UCUAAAAGUUCCUCCGUUUCCAGGCGAAAAUGUCACGGAAGAAGCAAGUUAUGGCGGCGGGAAUGGUCGUGGUCGCAGGAUCGCAUCCGUGGAACUCAUUGAUUGAAUCAUGUUGAUUUUUGUAGGUGUUGAUUGAUCCCCAUAGCGAAACCUAUUUGGCUUGGCCUAACACUGGAACAGAUCCUUUAUAAGAUGUGAGAUUACUGCUCAGAUUAUAAUCUUGUAGGGCCGUGCUAGUGGAUAGUAUGUAGCAGUUUCUUGUUGUUACUUCUCAAGUAGCUGAUGAUGAAGAUACAGUGAUGAUUCUGUCUCGGACUGUUUUGAUUAGAGUAGGAGCCAUUUUUGUAUGGUAUGUUUAACUCUUAUUUGUUGCAGAUUGUGUUCUUAUUAUCUCUUUGUGCUGCUGAAUGUGGAGUACGAUGUUGAUUUCUCCACAGCUUCUUCUUGUUUGUACAUUAGUCAUAUGCUGAUUCGGUGUCUGAUGUGUGGCUUCCAAGUUCCAAGUUGGAAGUGAAAAUUUUCUUAUUUGGCUUUUUGUGAUGACUCCUAAGAGCUUAGAAGUUCCAGUGAUUGAUGAAAAUUGAGAUAUUCUGGAAGAGAUUUGCUUGGAGUCACAGCUCAAGUUAUCGAUAUGCCUCUUAGCUGUACGUAAUACUCCUUACCUAGCUCAUUUUUUGCUCUCCUGAUUUAGCUGUCUCCUUAUCGUCUGUCUUCUGUAUGAAUAAGUGAAUUUUGUCUGAACUUACUAAAUACGAAUCUGGCCUAACCAGAUAUGUCAGGUCUUACGCUCAAAUCUGAAAACUCAAGAAUAUAUGACAUAUUUGGUGGUAGCUUCUCAAGAUUGUGAUGCCUUUGUUGCUUAAAUCCCAUGUCUUAUGCCUAGUUAAUCUCUCUGCUAUCUAUUGUAUGUAGGGUUUUACAAUCUAGUGAAAGUUAUAUAUUCAUCUUCUGGGAGGCAUUGGUUGAUCGUCUUUAUUUUUUUCCUGCUGUUACCUUUAAUGUCUAUUACACAGGCUGAUAUAAUUCAUCUUUCUAGUGGCAUCACUACAUGAAGUUUACAUUGCCAUAGAUUCUUCCAUGGUUUGUUUGUUUCGUAAAAUGUUUAUGUUAAUAUAGAGUUUGACAAUGAAUCUCAUAGUUUGGAUGCUCUGAUUUUUGAAUUUGCAAUUCUGCUUCCACGGCCAUAGAGUGGUGCUCACAUAUUGAAAGAAAGUGUUUUUGUCUGAGCUGAGAUUUUCUUACCCAUGAACAUAUUUGAAUACACAUCCGCAGACAGUUCUGGGAUCCUCAACACUGCCAGAACAUAUUCUUAUUAGAAACACAUGGUGCACUAACUUUGUUGACCUUUUUUCUCCUCUCUCCUUGAUAAUAAGCUUAUGCUUACAGUCAAGUAGCAGAGCUUCUGAAACGUCAUGUUACUGAUAUUUAGCUGAGACCCAACAUUGUAACGCAGGAAGGACAGUCAGAGAUUGGUGUCUCCUCAGGAUGGCAUUUGUGUCCUCUUUGGCUCAGGUUUGUAAGAGAGACUGUUGUGGAAAGCAGCUCGAAUAUUGAAGAAGUUGGCAAGGCUGACUGAGAGUCAUAGUCAGAAGUAUAUGUAUACUAAUCAAUAAGGUUAAUUCUCUAUCCAGGAUUAACCUAAUCUAGGAUUAACCUUAUUGAUGAAGAAAAACAAUUCCAGAAAACGAAGAAAUUUGAUCAAAGUUGGAAUAGUCGAAAGCAAAUCUAUGUAUUUGCCAUUAGGUUGUUCCAAACCAUGUUUUGGAAGAGAAUACAUUAUUUUGUUGUAGGUCUUCUUGCGAAACCGAAUGAAAACGAGCCCUUUGUACAAAGGAAAGAAAGGGACAAGGAAUAAACAACUUGCUAGCAUAAAUUGCAGGAAAUUAACUUUCAUGUAACAUAUAUAUAUAUAAGAUUUUGUACUUUAAAAGCCUAAAUAUCCAAUUUACUUUAUUGUAUCUAACAAACUUGUAUGUUGUUCAGUUUUGCCACCAUGCAUUAAUUCCAUAACUACAUCAAACGUUGUUACAAUACAAUUUGCUAAGCUGGAAGCCUGGACAUAGAGUAAUAUAAUGAUUGGUCUUUUACGUGUAUACAAGAAUGAUCUACACAUUCUGAUCUAGUCUAUAGAUCUGAUCUGACAAAAAAAAAGAGAGAACAAAACGGAGAUCAGUAUGUAGUAGUUGACAUAGAUUUACUAAACUAGUAUAUAAAACUACAAAGAUGAGAAAAGAGAGUAAGCAAUGUAUUAAAUGAAACCAACCACCAACUACACUCACACCGCUCCCCUCACUUUCAUGCAUUUGCACUCUUAGCUCUUCUCUAUAUAAACACAAUCCUUAUUAGCUCUUUUUCAUCAUCCAAAUCCAUUCCUUACUUAAGAAAAAAAAAGAAAUACAAAAAGUUAAGAUUAUGGAGGGGCUCUUAAAGUUGUCGACGUUGGUGAUUGUGUGCAUGCUAGUGUCCGCUCCAAUGGCGACCGAGGCAGCAAUAUCGUGUGGCGCAGUCGCCAGCAACUUGGGCCAAUGCAUCAACUACCUGACAAAAGGUGGUUACAUUUCUCCAGGGUGUUGUUCUGGCGUUCGGACGCUCAAUAGCAUGGCUCGGACCACCACUGACCGCCAGCAAGCUUGUCGUUGCAUCCAAGGAGCAGCUAAAGCCUUGGGUUCUAGACUUAACGCACGCCGUGCUGCUGGUCUUCCUGGUGCUUGCCGUGUUAGGAUCUCUUACCCCAUCAGCGCAAGAACCAACUGUAACAACGUCAGGUGAGCAUGAGAGGAUGUAUACGUUGAAGGGUUUAUCAUAUAAUCGUUGAGAGAGUAUUAAAGAAUAAUUAAGAUGUCACUAGUAUAAGUGUAUCCAAAUCAUAUUACUGUUAUCUGUUGUGUUUUAGAAUUUGUGUGUUUCAUGUCUUUCUUUAUAUAUGACGGUCCAUUUAAUUGGUCGUCUGUGUUAUGUAUUCCUCUGAUGAUAUAUGGAAUUACGAUAUGUAUUGUUCCCAUCUU